AGCAGUGUAUUUUAUUGAGUAGCACCCGACUAAGCUAAAUCUGCUAAAUUUGACCCUUGACCCCGAAUUAGACACUUAUUCAACUUUCAAGAUGGCGCCCUCCACAACAGAAGUUAUGAAACCGGCCGAAAAAACAGUUACUGACCCAAGUUUUCAUCGAUAUCCAAGCUCUUCACCAACAGCGAAUAUCGGACAAAUGCCCGUCGAGCUUGCUGACUGGGAACCGGUAACGCCACUUGGAUUCAAGGAGAAAUUCAAGAAGAAAGCUCUUGAGAAUCCGUUUGUCCCAAUCGGUAUAUUUGCUACAACAUGUGCACUGACCAUUGGAUUGGUCAGCUUCCGCAGAGGUCAGGUGCAUAGGUCACAGAUGAUGAUGCGCGCCCGAGUUGCAGCUCAGGCAUUCACCAUUGGAGCGGUGCUUGUUGGAGUAGCCCUGCAGACGAGAAAAAGCACCAAGUCCAAGAAGCCGUGAAUAUGCUUCAGAUUCUGAAUUAUCAGGGUAAAGACCCAAGUUACUGGCAGCUGCUUGUUUGAAAGUGCCCUGAUUUCUAGAAAGUAAAGGCAGCUUUACACAGAUAACAUUCAUAAAUAAGACCAGCUUUCGUUGUUCUUAAUUUUGAGUGGUAUUACAUGCAGUAUCUUCAGCUGCAGUUUAACUAAACGGACAUGAACAUAGUUUUUCAAAUUUCUUUUAAUAUGCACUGUGUGCAUUUUUCAAAUCCUGAAAAACAUGAUGCAGUGAGAAUUGGUGGUGCCUGCAGCAGGCUGUAGAAUGUAAAGACAAGGGAGUGAAAUUCUUGACCGUGUUAAGACCUGAUGUUAUGGAGUCUUGUAGUGUUUUAUUUUAAAAUAUUUAUAAGUGUGCAUCCAUGUGAUAAUAAUAACAUUAUUGAACAUGAAAUUGAGUCUCCUUUGUGAUUCAGUUGCAUUGUACUUUACAGAAUCACUCAAUCAUUUAAUGCCGAGGUUCAGUCUAAAUUGACCAUUUGUCAACUAUUUGUCACUGAUUGAACUUGCCAAUAGUUGGAACUAGUGUACAUUUUCUCAAAAUGACUGAAUUGUUUAAACAUAAAACAGACUGUAAGAAUAAAAAUAAGGUAUCAAGUGAACAAGUCUGCA